AUGAAGUUCGACGAGAUUCUCGUGCAUGUCGGGGAAUUCGGUCCCUACCAGAAGCGAAUCUAUUUCCUGCUGUGUCUGCCGGCGCUUCUGUGUGGGGCCCAAUUCAUGAGCAUCGUCUUCACCAUGGCAACGCCCUUGCACAGAUGCCAGAUUCCAGGCUAUGAGAACGACACAUACGAGAUAGAGAGCAACUACCAUGCUCUGUUGAUAGAGUUGACCAUCCCGAUGUUAGACCAGGAAUCUGAGCCUACUUACUCCGAGUGCCACGUGUACUCCGACCUUAACAGUUCUCGGAUAUUACAUCCUAACGACGGUGACAGCUGGCUGAAUACGACAUUGACACCGGAACGUGAACUUCAACCUUGCUCUAGCUGGGUCUAUGACCAAACAGAAUUUGUGGACACGGCUGUGUCAGAGUUCAACAUUGUCUGCGGAGACAAGAUCUACAAGUCGCAUGGCAACAUGAUCAUGUUCGCUGGAGCUCUGUUUGGCUGCAUCUCUAUGGGCCUGGUCGCCGACUUAACGGGAUUAUGCUGUCCUCUGAUGAUCCAGUUUGUGACGUCACUGGCGGUGUUUUUAUCUUCAUCAUACCAGUUCAUGGUGGCGUUCCGAGCGGUGGCUGGGAUUGCUUCCUACAGCUUGUUUGCCAUCAGCGCAUCAAUGGGGAUCGAACUUGUGGGCCCCAGCAAGCGGACAUUCACCGGAGUGGUGGUGGAGCUCUACUGGGCUGUUGGUGUUCUACUGACCCUUCCUAUCGCUUACUUCAUUAGGGAGUGGAGGUACAUCCAGCUGACCCUGUGUCUGCUCACAGUCCCACUCUUCUCCCUCUGGUGGCUAAUCCCAGAAUCACCGCGUUGGCUGUUGGACAAGAAACGGUUCGCUGAAACAGAGAAGAUUCUAGAAAAGAUCUGCCGCUCCAACAAGACUAAACUUCCAGCUGGCGCCAUCGACGACGACACAGCUGAUGAUGGACCUCAGGCCAAAAUCUGGUGUAUGUUCACUAAUCGUGUUCUUCUACUGCGGACGCUCAUCAUCUUUUUUAAUUGGCUGGCGAUCAAUCUCUUGUACUAUGGUUUGACCCUAAACGUAGAAAAUUUGGCCGGAUCCACAUACCUGAACUAUUUGUACGGCGGACUAGCAGAAAUUGUCGCAUACACGUUAUGUCUUUUCCUCCUGGACCGGACAGGACGUCGAAAGCUUCAUUGUUUAUGCAUGCUGACUGGUGGAAUUUCAUGUCUGGCCGUCAUUUUUCCCUUGCACCAGUGGCUGCGGACUGUUCUGGCAAUGAUCGGCAAGCUCUGUGCUUCCGGAAGCUACGCAAUAAUCUACAUCAUGUCUGCGGAGCUGUUCCCUACAAGUUGUCCGAAACUUGGCCAUCGGUUGCUGCUCCAUUCUGGAAAACGUCGGAGGCAUGUUGGCCCCUUAUGUCGCAGACAUGGUGAGUCUGUUGCAUUUCUGGCUGGUUAUGGGAUGCUCAUUGGAGGACCUUUUGCCUCAGGACUGCCUAUGUUGGUUUUUGGGGGUGUCAGCAUAAUCGCUGCAUUCUUAUCUUUGCUUCUGCCGGAGACGCUUCACAGAGCGCUACCCGAGACGAUCCAGGAUGCCAUAGAUUUUGACAA